GUCAAUGUCACUCCACUUAUGUUCACUCACUUCACUAGUACGUACAAUACAAUGUCAAGAAGUUGAUGAUAUUGUUUUAAUUUUCUGAGUUUUUCCGAAAAUAUAUUUCUGUGGAACUGAGUAGCGUCGAUACGCUACAAAUGGAGAUAUUUUAGAACCAGUCGUAACAAUAUUUGUCAAUUUCUAGUGAUCUUUGUGUAGUGUGUAUUUUGAAACCAUGAUGGAGCCAUCUAAACAGUUCGAAGGGAACUAUGACCCUAACUUAUCAAAUACUGGUGUGACGGGCAGUUUAGACGCGGGCAGGUUCCGAGAUCCAGUACCAUCGACAUCUACUGCUAACAUAGCGCCCGUUUUACCUCCACGGCCAGACUUAUCCUUGCAAUCUGCAAACGCAAGUUAUGGCCUGAAUAACUAUGGAAUGAAUUCGUACGGCGGAAUGGGUGGGAUGGGGGCCAUGGGGUCGUACGGAAUGGGUGGAUACAGUUCUUAUGGAAUGGGCGGCUUGGGAGCGUAUGGAAUGGGUGGAUAUGGCUCAUAUGGAAUGGGAGGUAUGGGUGGAAUGGGGGGAUUUGGAGGAUACAAUAGGUUUGGACCCAUGGAUAUGGAAAGUAGAUUCAUACAGUUAGCCGAGGAGAACUCUCGGCCUGCAUUUGAGUCUAUACAAGGCUUCGUUAAUGCUGUUGGAAGUGUUGCCAUGAUGCUGGAGAAUACAUUUUUUGCUCUCACCAGCUCAUUUAGAGCUAUUCUGGGUGUAGCAGAAAACUUCGGGCGCUUGCGGUCCUUAUUUGCACAGUUCUGGUCAACGUUUGCCGUGGUGAGAUCAUUGAACUGGCUUAUCCGGAAGCUCAUGGUGAUUAUCGGAAUCAGAUCGGAAAAUGAAUUCAAGGCAUGGGCGGAAGCAGUGGCAGCCACGCAGUCUUCUAAUGCGCAGGCGCAGCCGGCCAAGGGCUCGAGCUGGCCCGUACUUCUGUUUUUCGCGGUGGUGGCCGCGGCGCCCUACAUCGUGCUUAAGAUGAUGCAGGGGCUCACCAACACCAUACACGAGAGACUAAACGACCCGACGACGUGGCAGAGUCCCCUAAAUGCAGUGGCCCAAUACGACUACCAAGCCACCUCCCCACAGGAGCUAAGUUUCUCCGCAAACCAAGUGUUGACCCUCGCGCCUCAACACCUGCAGGGCCACCUCUGGAACAGUGGGUGGGUCAUGGCCACCACAGACAAAAAACACGCAGCAUUAAUACCUGUUCCAUAUAUAAAAGUUAUUAAGCCGGCAUAUCGUGGCAAUGCAACUGUAAAAGUAACGGAAAAUCAAGAAAAAGAAUUUGAGAAACAUUUCGAGAACGAGCUUUGAUUGGCGCGGUUUUAUUUGAUGAAGAAAAUAAGACUUACCCUAUUAGUCAUAAAAAGUUUAAGCUAUGGUAUGUUUUGUCUCUUUCUGACAAUGUCAAAUUAUAAAGUGCGAUAGUGACAAAACAUAUUUUAGCUUAUGUGUGCUUUUGUGUAACGGGGUUAGGUUGCACCAGUCAACUUUGAGGUUAACUAUAACGCUGACGUUUGUAUAAAAUUGCGUAGGUACUUUGCAUUUUUCAAAUUAACAUCAAAGUUGACUGGUACAACGCACCCUUUGAGACGAAAAGAGGGAAAUGUAGAAAAAUAUGAAAACAACAUGUGUUAUGUUAACUCUAUAUCCAUAAUAAUAUUCUAGGAUGUAGAAUAUUUUGAUGUUUUGUAUUUUAAGGCGCCAUUCCAUUUGUCAUUUUAAAUUAAUAUUUAUUUCUAUCUCUUUCGCAAUGUUAAGAUGACGAAAGAGAUAGAAGUAAUAUUGGACAAAGAAUUUGGUAAGUGUAAUGGCGGUUAAAGUGUUUUUUACUUAUGUUAUUUUAUUGUCUAUGUUUUCUCUCUUAGAAGGCUUUCAACUACAUAGUUACCUGUAAGUGUUACUUUUUAAUGUGUGUUAUAAAAGUUUGGGCGGGGAUAUGUGAAUUAAAUAUUUUUUUUUAGACUGGUCUGCAUUUCUAAAAUACAUGGUUAUUUUAUUAUUUUACGCUAAAUAGUGUCACAAUUAUUUGUAGGUAAUUGUUUUGUAAAUAUGUUCCAUAUACUCGGCUUUAUUAAAGCGCUCCGCUUCAAAUCGUGCGUUAAUUCCCCUUCGUAUGUAAUGAUCAAAAUAGGGCGCUUUUAUCAUGAUGAUAUCGUAUUAUUUGUAUAAAAAUAUUAUUAGUCAAAUGAUGCAAAAUGUAUAUAGCAUUCUUAAAUUUAAUUGGCUGGUUGAUAAAACUUGUUAGACAAUGUCGACUUCAUCCUUUCGGUUUUCCGGAUUAUUAUUUUAUUUGUUUCUGAUCGUAUAUGAAAUUUUAUAUAGUGAUAUUUAAUAAUAAAUGUUAUCGCUUAAAUUUUUAAGACAAUCAGUUUGUACAUAAAUUCUCGUUUCUUACUUGAGCCUAGUAUUGGCACAUUACACUUAAUUUUUGUAGUCCCUCUUGCGUAAUAUUAUUCUCUAAUUUAUCUAUGAAUGUCAUAUUUUUUCCUCGUCGCGGCCUGGCUUCGCACGGUCUAAUACGCUAUUUUAUCCGUUGCGUGGUUUAUCAGACAGACGCGGCAGGAGACUUUGUUUUAUACUAUGUAAAAUGUCACUACUGACUGGGUUCAAAACGGGUGUAUAUUGGACUAUGGAAAUAGAUGUCUCGAGCUAACACAAGGUGGAUGUGAUUUUAUUACGAAUAAAAUAUUGAAAUGAAA